CUACUUCUUUAUUGUUCAGUUGCUAAGUAGUGACUGGCAAAGUGAAGAUCUCACCUGGCACUGACAUCAGCCUGACUACUUACUUACUUACCUGUUCGAACGGUAUUGUGUCAUUGUCAGUUUCGACCCGUUACACCUGCCUUGUCUUCAUUCUUCCUUCCUUUCUUCCUCUCUCCUGCAUCCUUCAUUUACUAUCAACAUGCCCGGACCCUUUAUGCGAAAGAGCAUCGACUCUUUAUCAAAUCUCGUCAGAGGGAAUUCGCUACGACGUCGUCAGACUCAAGACCAAGAUCCGAACCAGGAACAAGAGCAGUAUCAGUACCCGGAUCAAGCUCAUACUCAAUCAUCCGCAACUAGUGGCCAAGAAGCAUUAAAUAUGGGCCACUCUCAUUCCCGACAGAGCAGGCAUCGGUACGACUUCUCCGGCUCUGCGAACAGAAGUCCAGUGUCCAGGUCAACUGGAAAAGCAGCCAUGAAUAGCAGCCAGACUCCAGAUCCCUGGGCCCCUCCGCCGUAUGAACCACAGGCUGCUGCUGCUCCUGCUUCUUCGACCAUCUCAGGGAGCAGUGAUUCUCCAUACUCUUUCCUGCGGGAGUUCGAUACGAUUUUCAUCGUGGAUGAUAGUACGAGCAUGCUGACGGGUAACCGCUGGAAGGAGGCUGAGAAUGCUAUUGCUGCUAUCGCGCCCAUUUGUACGCAGUAUGAUCAGGAUGGAAUUGACGUCUACUUUCUUAACCACCGCCGCCAGGGAGCCGAAAAGGUGAAGGGUGGGUAUAUGAAUAUCAGAACAGCGGAUGAUGUUCGUGAGAUCUUUGGGAGUGUGUAUCCGAAUGGUCCGACGCCUUUUGGUCAACGACUUUACGAAAUCCUCAAUCCGUACAUGAGAGAUUUGCAAAAGGCGAUCUCGAAGAGCGAUGGAUCGCGUGAUUCGGCUCAACUCAUGAAACCACUCAAUAUAAUUGCGAUUACGGAUGGGGCAUUUACAGACGAUGCGGAGAGUGUCAUUGCAGGAGUUGCGCAAAAGCUGGACGAGAAGAAAUAUCAGGCGGUGCCUUGGCAGGUUGGAAUCCAAUUCUUCCAGAUCGGAAAUGAUGCCCAGGCAAGGGCGUAUCUGCAGGAACUCGACGACAAUUUGGCCGAUAUGCAGAAAAAAGACAGUCUCCGUGAUAUUGUGGAUACCGUGCCGUGGAGGGGUGAUCAGGGGCAGACGCUGAGCGCCGAUGGCAUUCUAAAAUGCGUCCUUGGCGCCGUGUCCAGGAAAUAUGAUAAACGCGAAGCGUCGUUUCACCGCUAAGGAAGAUCGGUUCUGGUCUUCUCGUGCGCUCGUCCCUUAUCAUCUACACAUUCGUUGCCUUCAUGGUUUUGCUUUUCAUCGGCCCUUUUAGGGGUAGGCCAUAGCUUGAGUCUAAACUCUAUCCUUCAUCUUCUCGACCCUGUCGUUUGUGUAACAGCGGCAGGGAUUGGGAUGAAACGCGUUGCAGCAAGCGCCGUGUUGCCGCCGGCUUGCCCGAGACCGCAGACCGUAUUAGAAUAGGAUUUUGU